UCAUCUGCUUUGUGGUGACCAAGUCCUGGCUGGCCACCUGCUUCCUGCCCGUCUUCCUGAUGGGCACGAGGUACUACUUCAGCCGGAAGGUCAUCCUCCGCUACCUGGAGUGCGCCCUGGACACAGACAUGUCCGACAUCGAGCAAUAUUACAUGAAGUCCCCAGGUUCCUGCUUCUGGGUGGCCGUGUUAAAUGGCAACGUGGUGGGCAUCGUGGCAGCCCGAGGCAACGAGGAGGACAACACGCUGGAAUUGCGCCGCAUGUCCGUGGACUCUAAAUACCGUGGUAAAGGGAUCGCAAAAGCCCUGGGUCGGAAGGUGCUGGAGUUUGCCGUGGUCAAUAACUACUCCUCUGUGGUGCUGGGGACCACGGCGGUGAAGGUGGCAGCCCACAAGUUGUAUGAGUCCUUGGGCUUCAAGCAUGUCGGGGUGGUUGAACACUAUUCUCUGCCUGGAAUGACACAUUCUAUUCUAGAGCAAAUGUUCUUCCAGCUUCGCUACCACCGCUAUUGCCUGCAGCUGCGUGAAGAAUGAGGGAGCCUCAUCUUCAUGGCGCCCCUCCCCAGAACCUCCUGGCCAAUGUCUUGUGGGGGUUUGUGUCAUGGUUUCUUUGCCACCUCUUCAUUUCAUGUUCUUCAUUGGCUUCGUACGAGAGUCUCUGUACGAGCAAAGGGCCCGUCUUCUUUUCUGAAGUGCUUGUAGGGCGAUGGCGGCGCUAACGCUGGAGGGAUGGUGGGCCUGCCCUUGGCCUGGCCUGGGUGAAGGUCAGGAUGGACACGCUCCCUCACGCUCCCAGUCUUACCCCGGUUAACCUACAUAAGCACAGAAAAUGUCAAUGCAUAACAAGGCUGCUUGUCUGACGUGUGUUAUAAAUAAUAAUAAUAAGAAUAACAAUUAAUAAUCUCCUCUCCCCCCUCCCCCAAGUAUUAAAAAAAACGAUACAGCUCAGCGCAAAAGUUUUAUGUGAAUGCAUUUCUCAGUAUUUUAUGAAGUAGUAUGCAUUCAUGUUGUCAUGAUAUAAUACCGGUUAAUCAUGCUGAAAGAAAAUGUGAAAAUCCUGCUUGCUAUAAUGCAUGAAGAGGAAGUAUUUGCAUGCAUUCAAACACACUAUCAAGUAGGCGCUAAUAAUAAUAAUAAUAAUAAUGCACUUUCUGGAUGUCCCUCCCUGCUGCCCAAAUUCUCAAGAAUAUUGGUGCAUCUCACACCCCCUGGGACUUGGUCCUUCGUCCUCGUUUUCUUCCUAAGCCAGCAAAUACGAGCCCUGAGCCCAGUGUAACAUAUGUAAAUUACUGAAAUAUCAAAUAUGCGAAUGUAGAUAGACUUUGAGGCCCCCUGCCAGAUAUCUCCACCCAGAGUGUUAAUUUUCCUUUAUUGAAGAGUUUUGUUUAUUACGUUUGCUUAAACGAUCCAAACUCUUCGCUUUUGCGGACUGGUUUCCCAGAGGCAAAAUGGAGACUUCUGUUUCUAUGGCAACCACACCUGUACGCUAAUAAUGUGCACCAAAUCUGAACGCUUGAGGAAAAGCAAUAUGCAGGAGAGAGAGAGAGA